AUGCAACAGGCGACAGAGCUCAACUACAGCAUUCGCGAGAUGCACACGUUCCUCCGGCAGCACUUUCUCGACUACGUGGAUGUGCACCACUGCCUCCCGUCCAAGCGGUCGCUCAUGUCCGAUGAGGAGAAGGAUCUCAUCGACCUCGAGGUCACCUCCUUCAUGACCGCGUGCGCAGCGGGAGUCGACGCCCUAAAGGCGUUACUCCAGCGGGAGCGUCUCCGGAGGAUGGAGCAGGAGGCGGCGGCGGCUCGGGCGGAGGGGGCCGACGGACGGGGCUCGUCGUUGCUGGACGAGGGGGGGGUAGGGGCCGGGGGAGAGCUGCGGCCGGGGUCAAGACCGGCCCACGAGAACGCCGCGGUGACGUUUCUGUUCGAGCGGCUCAAGGCCGUCACCGAGGUCGCUGAGGCGAUGCAGACCGAGAGACACGCGAGGGCCGCAGCGGGCCAAUCGCGCUUCUACGGGGGUCCGGCGGACAGCAGCGGCGCAUCGGGGGGGGCUGGCGACGAAGCGAGCCGCCACGGGGGCCCCCUAGCUGCUGCUUCUGCUGUCUGGGGAGCUACCCCGGAAGAGCUGGAGGAAGAACGCCUACUCCGAGAAUCGCUGCCGGCGGCGUACGGGGACUCCUCUCCUUCCCCCCCCGCACUUACCCCUGCCGCAGAAGACCUCGCCGGUGGCCUUGCAGGGUUUGCCACCACCGCCGCAGGCGUUCCGGAACGCUCCCAGACUCCGCCGUUAGCGGCGGACGCGGCGGACGCCGCAGCGGUAGCCGAAACAGCCACCGCUGGAGCCGCGAAGCAGCGUCCGGCGGCCGCGGAAGCGAGGCGAAGAGCGGGGGGGAAGCGGCCAGGCGGCGGAGGAGUGCUAGCGGAGACGGCGAGCGCCGUGCGGAGAAGAUGGACCGGGCAGGAGGAGGAGGAGAGGGGGGGGGGGGGGAGGGGUUCCGCCGAUGGCGGCGUGGUUUCCGCGGCCGUCCUGGAGGGGGAGAACCGAGAUCUGGUGGCGAGGCUGAAGAACGAGUUGGACGAUGCCAGGCUAGUCGAGACCAAGAUGUCGGAGAUCUCCGGUCUCAUGGGACUCUUCGCCAGCAAAGUCGUGGAGCAGCAGGGGGGAAUGGAGCACGUCUUUGACGCCGCCGUUUCGGCGAACGAUAAGCUGGUGAGAGGGGGCCAGCACCUGGAGAAGGCGGUGCAACGGGGGGGGGGGUUCCGGCUGUUCUACGCGUGGUUCAUGAUGAUCGCCUCCUUCUGCCUGCUGUUCCUGCACUUUUUCAACCCCUGA